UUACAAAUAAUAACCAUGUUUUCCUUCAGCCUUUUUUCCACAUUUUCGAUGUUUGUGCUGGCGACCGCCCAGACGACGGUCAACUGGAAUAAUCCCGCCCAACAGACCACCACCCACGACAUCGCCAUUCCCACGCCGGACCCCACUUGGCAUCCGCUGUACUCCCGCCCGACCCCGGCGCCGGGCGCGUUCGGACCGGAAGUGGUGCCCAAUCAGGCGGUGCGCGGACAGAAUUACACUCGCAUCGAGGGCGCCAGCGGGAUCUCCUAUAAACUACUAAACACCGCGCAGAAUACCUGGGUGCAGUUGAUGCCCAUCGCGGCCGGGAAGGCCUACGUUCCCAUACACCAGGCGCCGGAAGUGUUUGCACGGACAGCUAUCUGGUUAUUGCUUUUAUGGCAUCCGGAGUACAUGCCGGCGUACAAUGUCAACGAUGCCGAGGACGUAUGGACUGACCGCGCCCUGGAUCCGGUCAUGUUCCAGCUCGGACAGGACAUGAACUGGCAAAUCACCAACCUGACCGUUUACGAGCCACAAAAUAAAACCGCCAAUCUAGAGCGGCUGCUGGACAAUGCAGCGUUUGCCAAGUACGAGGAGUCUUUACGGCGUGGGCGAAUGUAUCACAACAUGCCAUAUUUCAUGUGGAUGGUGGAUGCGGAACUCGCCGCUCUGGAAUACCUGAUGGGCGACGCGCUGACCGACGAAGCCUACGACGCCUUCGAGCUGGUCUUCGAAUUUCUCAAUCUGAAGCAGUUCCACUACGUUGACUACUACAACAACCGCUGUCUGCGCCGUUCCCACCGGUCGGCCUUCUACUACGCCGGUCAACCAUUCGGUCACCUGCGUUCCUAAACAGAUGAAGCGAACAACUCUUCCGCUCAACAUUUAUUUAUCAAUACCAAACAUUUAACUGGCAAUAA